AUGGCUUCCACGCGACAGCCUUCCUGGUCGCAUCCACAAUCAGGAACUCAUGAGCCUGGUCUGAAAGUGUACAACUCGUUGACUCGCUCUAAGAAACCCUUUGUACCCAAGGAGAAGGGCAAGAUAUCAUGGUAUUCCUGCGGUCCUACGGUCUACGACGACGCUCAUCUUGGCCAUGCAAGAAACUAUGUAACCACAGACGUACUGCGCCGCAUACUGCGAGACUACUUCAAGUUCGAGGUCAACUUUGUGAUGAACAUCACCGACGUGGAUGACAAGAUCAUAUUAGCUGGGCGUAAAAGAUAUCUAUACAAGGACUAUCAGGCCAAACACAGGUACAUAGACGAUGAAGUGAGGACAGACGUGCUCAAAGCAUGGCGAUUGUUCAUUGCAAAGCGCCUGCCUCGCCUUUCCACUUCUGACCUGAGUCCUGUAACCUUUCACGAUGAGGUCAACAAAGUUUACAAGGACGUUCUCAGCGGUCAAGCCCUACAACCAGGCAUCAAGCCGGGUGAUCAAGAAGCAAAGAUCAAGAUGUAUAUUCGGGAUGCUCAGAAGUGCGCAGAGGCUCUGACGAUGGACUCGAAGACAUUGACUCCGAUCGCGUUCUAUGAAUUGGCAAAAGAUCCCAUGUGUGAUAUGCUUGACGCUGCAUUGGGGUCUUCAAUCAAAGGCAGUGAUCACCACAUCUUCAAAGAGCUGACAGAAGAAUAUGAGAGACGCUUCUUUCAGGACAUGAACGAUCUCAACGUACUUCAGCCGGACAAACUCGUUCGUGUGACUGAGUACGGCCCUCAGAUUGCGAAAUUCGUUGAUACAAUCGUUGAUCACAAGUUUGCUUACGCAACCGAAGAUGGCUCGGUUUACUUCGAUAUCAAGGCAUUUGAAGCUGCCGGCAACCCUUACGCACGGCUGGAGCCAUGGAAUCGAGGUGAUACAUCACUGCAGGCUGAUGGUGAGGGCGCGCUAUCUCAAAGGGCUGGUGGGAAGCGCUCAGAUGCUGACUUUGCAUUGUGGAAAGCUUCUAAGCCUGGCGAGCCAAGCUGGCCUAGUCAGUGGGGUGAAGGCCGACCAGGCUGGCACAUUGAGUGCUCAGCUAUGGCUUCCGACGUCCUCGGCAAACAGAUGGAUAUACAUUCUGGUGGAAUCGACCUUGCGUUUCCUCAUCACGAUAACGAACUUGCCCAGAGUGAAGCAUACUGGCACUGUGGAAAGUCCACUCAAUGGGUCAACUAUUUCCUGCACAUGGGCCAUUUAUCCAUAGCAGGUUCCAAAAUGUCCAAGUCUUUGAAGAACUUCACCACAAUUCGAACGGCAUUAGACAAAGGGGACUGGACACCGAGAAGUCUACGCAUAGUCUUCCUGCUCGGUAACUGGCGUGACGGGAUUGAGAUCACAGACGACCUCGUAAAAGCUGGCCAGUCAUGGGAAGACCGAGUGGACAAUUUCUUCAUCAACGCGAAAGAAGCUGUGGACACUAUUGUGAAAGACCAGAACAGUCCAGUAUUAGAGCAAGCUCUAGUAACAGCCAACAGCCAAAUCAGAGAAGCACUCAACGAUUCGUUCAACACACCCGAAGCAAUGGCUGCCAUCUCGAGGCUGAUCACAGAGUACAACUCGCAAACAAGAACUAGCCUCAGUUAUCGGGAUCACCGAGACAUUGGUGUCUUCAUCACUCGGAUGGUUAACAUCUUCGGCCUCAACGGCAAUGGCCAGCCUGACACAACAGAGAUUGGCUGGGAGGGCAUUGAGAUAUCGACUGAAGCUAAAACCUAUGUUGAGCCUCUCUCAAAGAUGCGCGAUCAGCUGCGACAAGCGGCCAUAGCACGUUCCAUCACGAAGGAGCAAAUCGAAAAGAUAGUCUCAAGUGUAGAUGCACCAAAACCCGAAUCUCAUUCAAGCACUCAAAGGCCUCGUCCAAGCUUCGCAAGGGCUCUUACCGAGUUCAGAGACAAUAUCCUUCAAGCAUCAAGCUCAGACAAUAGUACUAUGAACCAAGAAAUCCUGAAGCUCUGCGAUCAAGUACGAGAUGUUGCCCUGUGGAAUCUAAACGUCUACCUCGAAGAUCGAGAGAAUCAGCCUGCUUUAGUGCGACCAGUGACGGAAGGGCUACGAGUCGCACGAAAAGAGAAAGAAGAACGUGCCAGACAGAAGGAAGAGGCAAAGAGGAAAAGAGACGAAGAACAAAGACAGAAGCUCGCCAAAGGCAAACUGCGACCGCAAGAUAUGUUCCGACCGCCUCAAACAGACGAGUUUUCUGCUUGGGAUCCAGAAGGCUUGCCCACGACUCUCAGAGAUGGUUCUCCUGUUCCUUCCAGUAGAGUAAAGAAGCUCAAGAAGGAAUGGGAAAAGCAGAAAAAAGCUCAUGAUGUCUUUCUACAAGCUGUUCAAGACGGGACUGUUAAUGGCAAGCUUUGA